CGUGAGCUUGAUGCCCUGGCCGCCACGGGGGAGCAGGUUUCUGUUGGCUUGCUGGCUAUUGCUUUGCAAAAUGAGGGGGUGGAGGCUAUUAGUUAUGCCGGCUGGCAAGUGCCGAUAGUUACCAAUGCUUCUUAUACUAAAGCGCGUAUCGAGUCGAUAGAUGAUAAGCGCAUUCGUACCGAUUUGACUGCAGGUAAAGUGGUGAUUGUCACGGGCUUUCAGGGCAUGGAUGCUGAUGGGCAUGUCACUACCUUGGGCCGUGGUGGUUCUGAUACCUCCGCUGUGGCGGUUGCCGCUGCAUUGAAGGCGGAUGAAUGCCUGAUUUACACUGAUGUGGAUGGUGUUUACACCACUGAUCCCCGCGUUGUGCCGGAAGCCAGGCGAUUGAAAACGGUGAGUUUUGAGGAAAUGUUAGAGAUGGCCAGCAUGGGCAGUAAGGUGCUACAAAUUCGUUCGGUCGAAUUUGCGGGGAAGUACAAAGUCCGUAUGCGCGUACUCUCCAGCUUUACGCCCUGGGACAUCGCUAUUGAAGAAGAAGCUGAAUCUGGUACCCUAAUUACUUUUGAAGAAGACGAGAAAAUGGAACAAGCCAUCGUAUCUGGUAUUGCGUUUAACCGUGAUGAAGCAAAGAUAUCUGUCCUUGGUGUGCCCGAUACCCCAGGCAUUGCUUAUCAAAUUCUGGGGGCCGUCGCCGGGGCGAAUAUAGAGGUGGAUAUGAUUAUUCAAAACCUCUCGCGUGAUGGGAAAACCGAUUUUUCUUUUACUGUACACCGCAAUGAUUAUGCUAAGACGAUAGAUUUGCUCAAAUCCUCCGUGGCUAGCAAACUGGGGGCUAGCUCAGUCGAAGGGGACGCGAAAAUUUGCAAGGUAUCGAUGGUUGGUAUUGGUAUGCGUAGUCACGUGGGCAUAGCCAGCAAAAUGUUCCGCGCCUUGAGUGAGGAGGGGAUCAAUAUACAGAUGAUCUCUACGAGUGAGAUUAAAACUUCAGUUGUGAUUGAUGAGAAGUAUAUGGAGCUAGCCGUUCGCGCUUUACAUAAGGCCUUCGAUUUGGAUCAAACGAAGUAG